GAGGGGACAGCUCCCCUCUGCCGGAGCGUCUCCUUCAAGCGGCUGGAGCGGUGGCUGGAGGCAGCGGCCGAGGGGGAAGGAGCCCGGCCGCCGGCUUGCCAGUGCCAGCCCCCCGGCGCCAGGGCGCAGCAGCCGCCGCCGCAGGAGCGGGACUCGCCGCAGCGCCGCCGGCGAUCGCCCUCCAGAGCCGCCUCCAGCGGCCUCUCCCGGAAAGUUUCCAAGCUCGCGGCCGCCGCCGCCUGCCCCUCCCCGGAGCUCCGGGGCAGAGCCCUGCGGAGCCUGUCCCCGUCCGUCCGCCAGCUCUCGCAGCGCUUCGACGCCGCCGCCGGGGCCGCUCCCCCGCCCGCCCCCCGCAGCUCCCAGAGCGAGGAGGAGCCGGACGAGGACGGGGCCACCUGCUGCCCGCCCCAGCCGGGGAAGAGGGAGGCUCGGCCGCCGCCCGAUGAGGAGGGCGGGGGGCCGCAGCGCAGCCAGGGGCUGAGCGAGCCCCCCAAGGCCGGGGAGGCCGGACUGGAGCCGGGGGGGCUCUGGCCCAGCGUCACCGAGAUGCGCAAACUCUUCGGGGAGAGCUUUCGGCGGCCGCCCCCCGGCCGGGCCCCGGAGGAGGAAGGUGGGGCCCGCUCCCCGCACGGCGGGGCCGGCAGCUCGGCCGCCGCGGGGACGGGGCUCGGGGCGCCCCGGCCGGGCACGGACAGCCCCCCGCUUCCCAGCAGCGGCCCCGCUCCGGCCAGGAGGGAGGAGGAGCGGCCCCGCGCCGGCCCCAAGCCGCCGCCUCCCCCGCCGCCGCCCCGCAGCUGCGUGCCCUACCCCGGCCUGCUGCGAGCGCACCCGCUGCCCUGCGCUCCGGCCGGUGGGGAGGCCCGGCGGCAGCCGCAGCACCAGCCGGCUUGGGAUAGUUUACAUUCCUGGCAUAGUUCUUCCAGACCACAGGCUGCCCCCCCGCCCUCCACCGCCUCCUCUGCUGCCUGCAGCCCCCUCCCAGAAGGGAGCUCCCGCUGCCAGGACUUGCUGCCCGCUCACGGCUUGCCCUUCCCUGGCAGCACCAACAGCAAGCAUGGCCCCUCCGGGGGCAGGCCCAGGUCCCUGGAGCGGUCCUCGGGGAGCGAGGAGGAAGGGAACCAGCUGGUGACCCCCAGGAAACGCUCCGUCCGGAAGAAAAAGAAAGACCUGGGCCUUUGGGACCAUGAGUCCGACAGCGACGGGCUAGCGGGAAUGGAGGCCGGGCCAGGGCGGCCCCCGUGGACUCAUGAGGUCCUGGCACACCUGCCUCUUCCUGCGAACGAUGAAGCCAAGCCGCCCUCGGUGGCAAAGAGGCUGGCAGCGGCAGAUUGCAACAGUGGGAACACCUUUGCCGCCCUGCUGGGGGAAGCCAAGGCAGCGGGCAGCGUCGAAGGGCACCGGCAGUUCGUGAGGGGCAUGUCAGAAGGCGUAUCUGCUGCUCACUUCCCGCUGGCCGCAGCGCCACCCAUACCCCUGGUCUCCCGCGUCUCCAAAGUGAACAUCCCGCCUUUCGGGCUGAGCCCGUGCGGGUCGAGAAGCAGCAGCAGGUACUCGAGCACCGAGACCCUGAAGGAAGAGGACCACUUUGGGCCCUGCUGGCCCAGCCAAAGCCGGAGCUUCCAGGGGGGCCUUGGCAUGUACAGAUCCCCCAGCUUCGGCCACAGCGACAGCCUCUCCAGGCUGCAGCAGCAGGUCCGGGUGCGUCCUAAACUGCCCAUGGGCAUCGGCAAAGUGAAACAGGACCCUUCCAGUGAGAUUCUGCUCCACUGUGGACCUGAGGCCGAGCAAGCCAAGGACAGGAAGUCCAUGUCCAAUCCUGACAUAGCCACUGAGACGCUGACUCUCCUCAGCUUCCUAAAAUCGGAUCUCUCCGAGCUGAAGGUGAGGAAGAAAGGUGGCGGGGUCAGUGACCAAGAGGAAAGGGCCUUCAGCAGUGGCAGGAGUGAGAACUACCAGAGCCCACCUGGGCACCAGCUGGGAGGCAGAGGCCGAAGCGUGGCACAAACCCCGAAUCGGUGGGCGCUAGGUGGCCGCCCAACUCUCAAAGACCUCACCGCGACCUUACGCCGGGCCAAGUCCUUCACCUAUUCUGACAAACCGACGCCACGCAGGCUCCUCCUCCAGAGCUCCAGGAAGCAAAGCUCCUCAGAGCUUCUCCUGGCCAGCAGCAGUAGUGACCAUGACAGCGUGGUUUCAGAUGGUGAUGCUGGUCAGAGAGGGGAUGUCGAUGGGCUCCCGGUCGUCAUCCAGGAUCAGUAUAUUCAGGAAGCACGGCAAGUCUUUGAGAAGAUAAGUCGGAUCGGCUCCCAGCACGACUACGUCUUUGUGUCCGAUCAGAAAGACAGCGCAGGUGUGAAGUGUGGCGAGGAGUUUACAGAGAACCAGAAGGAAGCUGAUGUGGCCCUUCUGGGGAGCAAAGAGCAUGAGCAGUGUCUGAAGAAAGCAGAGUCUGAAGAAAACCUCUACUGUGAGAAGUCCAUGGAGGAGCUCUCGGGUCAUGAGUCUAGCAUGACCGAUGAAGGCAUCGUGACGGAGCCUGAGGUGGGUCCCACCAACGCUGCUUAUGGGGAACUCUGUGAGACUGUCGCGGCUUGGACACCAGCCAACACCAGCCUAGGGGAGGGCGACACUGAUCGAGUGAACAGUAAAGAGAUUCUUCUUCCUGGGCUCACAGCGAGAAUGAACCACGAGGGUGCUGCUGUUGAUGAUGCCCUUCCUGGUAAAGCCAUGGCCCAAGGGUCCUUAGAGGCACCUUCCACCCCAAGCACCCUGCGGCGCCGCAGGAAGUUUCCCUCUGUUGGCAACAACUGGUCCGAUUCCAGCAACGGGGAAUCCAAUGGCGAAGCCUACAGAUCCCUAAGUGACCCCAUGCCCCACAGGAGGUGUUCGAUCACAGAAGAGACUGAGAACUUCUCAGUGGACAGUAAUCUCCUAGGGUCCCUGAAUUCCAAGGCCGGUGUCCCGGAGUCUUUGGCCAUGGCUCUGUCCGAGUGCACCGGCAGCGCUGCCAGCGACCUGUCAGUCUGUAGCGAUGGAGUCAAGGAUUACAGCACGGUGAUCCAGAACAUUGUUAGCCAGCCUGGUGCCAUGGACAAGGUGAUCGACGAGAGGGGAAAUGGUAAGACAGUCAAGAAGAAAUCGUUCAGUGACCCCAGCCGUCGCAGUGAGUUGGCCAGCGCAGGCUUUGAGGGCCCCAGUGAGCCAAUCAGUGAGAUGGACCAGACCAUUCCGCCUUCCAGCAGCGAACCCAUCCUCUCCGAGCAAAGGGACGAGGUGGGAGAGCUGGAGGAGCUGGGCCAGGAGGUUGAGAAGCUGCGCUCUCAGUCUGAGCACAUCCUACCUGCAAAAGUAGGAGGCCACAAUGCAGGAGAGGCAGCUCAAAGCUAUAGCUUUGACCCCAAGCUGGCGGAAGUCCUGUCCCCCAGGAUCAUCAGGCGCAGUUCCAAGAAGCGCACCAACCGGGUGACUCACCAGGAGAAUCACGAGACUGCAUCCUCUGCCACAACUCCUGCUAGUACCCUGAGUAGGUCCAGGCCUGCAUCCAAGCAUGUCCGGCACGCCAGCGAGCCUGCUGCCUUCCUCCCCAUCUCAGCACCUGAGCCUCAUGGGUCGCUCAGUCAAAACGUCCAUGUAACUGUGCCAGAAUCUUCACCUCUCCCCAUCAAAUCCUACCCUGUCCUCCAAGCUCCAUCCUUGGAGGAUGUCACCAAGCAAUACAUGUUGACUCUUAACUCCGGGGACUUGUCUUCUGGUGGCACUGUGGAUAUGCCCAGGUCUUCGCCUGCUACACCGACUAUUUCAGAGCCCAAGCUGCUGAGAUGUCCAAAGCAGCAAGAGGAACACAGCCCUAGCAGCACCAAGAGCAAGCCUCAAGUGGACAUGCGGAAACAUGUCACCAUGACGCUCCUGGAUACUGAGCAGUCCUACGUGGAGUCCCUCCGCACCCUGAUGCAGGGUUACAUGAAGCCCUUGAAGCAGCCAGAAAACUCGAUCCUCUGCGACCCGUCCUUGGUGGACGAGAUAUUCGACCAGAUCCCCGAGUUGCUGGAGCACCACGAGCAAUUCCUGGAGCAGGUCCACAACUGUGUGCAGAACUGGCAUGAGAAGCAGAAAGUGGGAGAUGUCCUGGUACAAUCUUUUUCCAAGGAUAUCCUGGUGAGCAUUUAUUCCGCAUACAUCGAUAACUUCCUCAACGCCAGGGAUGCCGUGAGAGUAGCCAAGGAAGCCAGGCCGGCCUUUAUGAAAUUCCUGGAGCAAAGCAUGCGGGAGAACAAAGAGAAGCAAGCGCUGUCGGACCUGAUGAUCAAGCCUGUGCAGAGGAUCCCGCGCUACGAGCUGCUUGUCAAGGACCUUCUGAAGCACACGCCCGUGGACCACCCCGACCACCCCUUCCUAAUAGACGCCCAGAGGAACAUCAAGCAAGUGGCCGAGAAGAUAAACAAAGGGAUGAAGAGCGCCGAGGAGGUGGAGAGGAACGCCAGGAUAGUGCAGGAGAUCGAGUCCCACAUCGAAGGGAUGGAGGAUCUCCAGGCCCCGCUCCGGAGGUUCCUACGCCAGGAGAUGGUGGUGGAAGUGAAGGCAGUGGGUGGGAAGAAGGACCGUUCGCUCUUCCUCUUCACGGACCUGCUGGUUUGCACCACCCUGAAGCGCAAGUCGGGCUCUCUGCGCCGCAGCUCCGUGAGCCUUUACACGGCUGCCAGUGUUAUAGACAUAGCCAGCAAGUACAAACUGCUCUGGAAACUGCCCCUGGAGGAUGUCGACAUUGUGAAAGGGGCUUCCCAGUCCACCAACCGCGAGAGCAUCCAGAAAACGAUCUGCCGCCUGGACGAGGACCUGAGCACACUGGGCCAAGUCAGCAAGCUCUCCGAGACACUCAGCUUCCCCCACCAGAGCCUGGAUGAUGUCAUCAAAGACCUGAUGGCCGCCAUACACCGGGAGCUGGCAGAGAAGCAGUCCCUCUCCUUCACCAUGUCCUUCCCGCCCAACAAAGUGGAGCUCACCACCACCAAAGCCGACGGCACCGAGUCCUUCAUCUUCGAGUUCCCCAACCCCGACGCACGGCACAGCUUUGAGCAGGCCUUCGAGGACACCAAGAAGAAACUGGCUUCUCACAAAAAUUGCCUGGACCCGGAAUUCCUGAAGGCGAUCCCGAUUAUGAAGACACGCAGUGGGAUGCAAUUCUCUUGUGCUUCUCCCAGUCACAGCAGCCCCGAGAACACCUACGAGGUGUGGGUGUGUAACAGCGACGGCUACGUGGGGCAGGUCUGCCUUCUCAGCAUCAAGAAGGAGCCCACAGUGGAGGCCUGCAUAGCGGUGUGCUCGGCCAGGAUCCUCUGCAUCGCUGCUGUGCCGGGCCUCAAGAGAAGCUUCAGGGAGCAUCCCGAGUCCCUGGUGAGUCCAACCUCCGAGCCGGCUCCUUCGGCGCUGGAUGACUCCGGGCCCCAGCAGUGCCUACACAUCUCCAUCUCCGGCUCCUCGAUAGAGCUCUCUGAGCCCAUGGACAGCGCCAACAGGGAGCUGAUGCCUUUUGACAGCGACGAUACAGACGAUGAGUCCUCUCCAAGCCCAUCAGGCACACUCCAGAGCCAGGCCAGCCACUCCACCAUCUCCUCUAGCUUUGGAAAUGAAGAGAUCCCCAGCUCCAAAGAUGUGGCAGCUGAAACCACCAGCUCAGAGGAGGAGCAGGACCCAGGCUUCCUUCCCAUCUCCAGCACCUUCAGCCAGAACAGGAAUAGCGAGAGCCCCAUGGAUGGGCGGGCGAUGAGGAGGUCAAGCCGAGGGUCCUUCACGAGGGGCAGCUUGGAGGACCUGCUGAGCAUAGAUCCUGAGGCGUAUCAGAGCUCAAUGUGGCUGGGCACAGAGGAUGGCUGCAUCCAUGUGUACCAGUCCUCAGACAACAUCCGCAACCGGAAGAACAGCAUGAAGAUGCAGCACUCGGCCGCCGUCAUGUGCAUCUUGUACCUGGAUAACCAGGUCUUUGUGUCCCUGGCGAACGGAGAACUCAUCAUCUACCAGAGAGAGGCAGGACAUUUCUGGGACCCCCAGAACGCCAAGUCCCUGUCCCUUGGCUCCCCGGGCAGCCCUGUCACGAAGAUGGUCUCGGUGGCUGGCAAGCUGUGGUGCGGGUGUCAGAACCGAGUCGUCAUCCUCAACACGGCCACACUGCUGCAGGAGCACACGUUCCAUAUCGGGCAGGACAGCAACCGCAGCGUGACCUGCAUGGUGAGCUGCAGCCCAGGUAUUUGGAUCGCGCUCCAGAGCAGUGCCCAGGUGAGGCUGUACCAUGCCACAAGCUACGAGCAGCUGGCUGAAGUCGAUAUCACGCCCCUGGUCCACAAAAUGUUAGCAGGUUCGGAUGCCAUUAUCCGCCAGCACAAGGCUGCCUGUUUGCGGAUCACAGCACUCCUGGUUUGCAAGGACUUGCUCUGGAUUGGUACCAGCGCUGGGGUGGUGCUGACGCUGUCCAUAACGGCCAACACCACCUCCUUGAAGAUGCCCCUGAUGCCGGUGGGUUUGUCCCAGGGGCACACUGGCCACGUGCGUUUCCUCACCUCCAUCGAACUGCCCGACAACUUUGAUAUCAUCUUUCCGCUGCCGAGAGAUCCAGGUACCGAGAAGCUGAGCGACGCAGAAAAGAGAGAUUUGGCAAGACACAGGUCCUCCAACAUGGUCCUCUCCAAGUCUAAGAUGCUGGUGAUCAGCGGGGGGGAUGGCUAUGAGGAUUUCAGACUCACCAACAGCAGCGAGACAGUGGGGCGAGAUGACAGCACAAACCAUCUCCUCCUGUGGAGGGUCUGAUCUGCAGCAGCACGGGGCCCCACUGGGGGGAGAGCACCAGCCCCACCCCUGCCUCCUCUUGUCACUAACCGCCCCCGAGCCCAUCUCGUCUCCCAUCCUGGAUGAUUUGUGUGUGCCUGGGGACAAGCUCCUCCCAAACACAGCGUCUGCAGCGUGGUGAGAGGAACACGCGCAGCAAACAGAUCCUAUGGGGCAGCCUGCGCUUACUCCAGCGGUGGGUGUGGGUGUGGGGACAGGGGCACCUGGAUGGACAGAUUUAUGUGGCAUGCUUGGAAGCAUCCAGGCGAAAGAGGAGGGCUUAGCAGAGGAGAGAAUCCAUUGUUCGUGCAGUCGGCAGGGGGCCUUUCUUUUGUGUGUUGUGCUUUGACCUGCCUGGGGUUCUGCAUCCAGGCUCUUGGAAGCGGAAGGUCCAUGUCUAAGCAAGCACACCCCUGGACGGUAGCCUGCCUGCUUUCUCUCUCUCUGUCUCUUGUCCACCCAGCCAGAAUCAGCAAACCGUCGCAUUCACUUCACCGCCACCUUCACGAGGGCCCCCGCACACAGGGCUCCCCGCUCCUCCUGUCAGAGGAAGUCGCUCCAGCAUCCCCGUUGGCCACAGCUGCUCCAGCAUCUCUAGGUCUCUAGCUAACCCGCUCACUCAUCGCGGUCACCCAAAGAACGCUUGUGGUGGUGGUGGUUGUUUUGGAUACGUAUACAAUAUCCUUAUUUAUUUUCUGUGGGGCGGACAUUUGUCAAGGAGCUUGCAUGGAAGCAGUGGCAGCUUCGGGCCCAGGGAGUUGUAUGCAGGGUGCCGACGCCCCAGCCUGCAGUCAGUCCCAACCAAUGAGGAGCUGCACAUAGCAAAUGUCCUACAAUGGCAGCAGGGUCCAUUCAUCCACGAGCGCUGAUCCCAGAGGGUUACCUGAGUGUCUGGAGGGGAGAGGAGAGGUGGGAGCGUCUUGGCUGACAGUCAACAGCUCCGAUUGCAGAGGGGGCGGAGAGCUGAUCUUCCAUUCAGCCAGCAAAGAGGGGAGCCGCUGCAUGAAAAAUGUGCAAUACUUAGCUGGAUCCCUGAUAGCGGGCAGCGCCACAAGGGGGCACUGUUAGGACCAGGGCAGCUUCACGCUCCUUUGGCUUUAAGAGCAAAGCCAGUUGGUUAUUGUGGCCUACAGCCGGGGCAGAACUAGGAGGGGCAUUGUCCGACUGCAACUGUCUCUUGCAUUGUACAGUAUUUAUGGUUGUUUUUUAACUACUUACCUUUUUGUCCCCAGCACUUAAUUUAUGUAUUUAGCUUCCAGAUCCCGAAUCCUGUGUGGGGAUGGGGAGCAAAGAGAAUUAUGGGGGUUUACUCACCUAGCGAGAGAGUAUGAAUCCACUGUCAGCCAGCUUGCACCAAAAAUGUCCACAAACGAAGGUGUUUUACAGGCAGGCUCCCCCCCCCAGAACUGCCUGUGGGGGUUCACGUGGCCAAGAUGGGGCCUCAAGGUGAGUAGUGAGGAUUGGAUGCCCAACAGGAGACACCUUAAGGACUGGUUUUUCAGAGUGCAGCACUGGGAAUUUCAAAAGCACCUGACAUGACAAGAAUUCAUGUGCCGUGGACUCUCAAUGGGGUUUGUGCUGCUAAGUCGCCAGUGUUGCCAGCUCUUACAGAUCUCGUGAUAUUUAGUGCUUACGUUAAAGCUCCAGUCUCUGGAGUCAUGUUAUUUCAUGAGACUCUCAGCUUUCAUUUUUUUUAAAUUAAAUUUCUAGCCCUCAUGGUUGCAGAGAAAAAGUUGGGAACCAGGACCCAAGUGUACUCUGAAGGCUCGGUAAACAGAAGGCAAAUCAAAAUGAACCCCAGACGAAGGAUUUUUUAAACACUCUCAUGAUUCUGAACACAGUCUGGGGAGUUUGAACACUCUGGACUGGCAAUACUCUGGAACCCUGGCUCUUUUGAAAAUCUGCUCCUGGCUGCUCACAUUUUCUGAAAACCACCUCUAAGGUGUCUCACGUUGGGCUCCAAAAAUGGAGGUGCCCAGAAUCGCCUGUCACUUUUGGAAAGGUAGCCCAGGGUGCCAACUUCUCAAUCCAUAUUUACUUAGAUUGUCAGCUCUAUGGUGCAGGGACCAUCAUUCUGUUCUGCACUGUACAGCACCUAGCACAUGGGGUCCUGGUCUGUGACUGGGCCUUUCCACAGUACAAAUAAUUACGAAUAACAAUAUUUAGAUACCUAAAUGUGUUGCCUGAACACCGUGCCCAUGGCUUCCUGGUGAGACGUCUCCCCACGUGUUGGGUCCUCAUCGCUUCUGAAAAUCAAGCCACUCAUUUAGAUGUCGAAAGAUGGAUUUAGGCACCUAACUUUAAGCACCUGUUUUUUAAAAAUCUUGGCCUGUCUGCAGACUUCAGUAGGUUUAAAGACAACCCUGACUGGGUUCUCCCAGUUACACAGCAGCAACUGAGUGCCCGAACAAUGUGCUUACAAGCUCCGUGCCACACAUCUAGCUAGUGUCAGUGGACAUCGCUCCAUUGCAACCCACGUGGCUAUGCCUGCUUACCCUAGCUGUAUUUCUAGCCCUGUUGCGGUAUUUGAAAAUACUUUAUUCUAUAGCAUUUUAAAUACUUUAACCAAAAGCUUAAACAGCAUAUUGUGUCCCCAGUGACCUGAACACUAUAUACAAGUAUAUGUAAGUCUUCAUGCAAGAGCCUUCUCCUCUGCAAUUCCUGUCGUGCGAAGCAGCUUUCUUUCAUCUCUCUGCCUCAUCUGCAUACUAUCUGUUUUCCUGUUUCAUCUGAAAACGUGUAAUUUCUCCUUCCUCCCUUUCCCUCUUCGGCUGAUUAGCUCCAUCAAGUGGUUUGGGAUUUUGCACAGAAACAUGAUCUAGUUGCUAGGGCACAGGGCUGGCAGUCAGGACACCUGGGUUCCAUUCCCAGCUCUGCUACUGACCUGCUGGGUGACCUGGAGCAAGACACUUUCCUCUCUAUGCGUCUGCUUCCCCUCCCUCCCUUUGUCUGUCUUGUGUAUUUAGAUGUGAAGCUCUUUGUGGCAGGGACUGUUGGUUAUCCUGUGUCUGUCACAGCACCUAGCACAGUGAGACUGAUCUCAGUUGGCACCUCCACAUGCUACUGCGAUAUGAACAAUACAGGUGACAGGUCAGGCAUGUUCUGAGAAGGCAUCCUCCGGGGAUGCUGCAUGAGAUUUACCUUCCUUUAAGACAGGCGGGUUCCCUUGUGUGUGCACAAUGUGUUGGUAGAAGUGGUUUUUUCCAAGAGGUUCGUUCACAAAUCACAGAGUCUUCACCUGCUGACGUCAGGAACUGCCCCGUCUCCAUUUCCAGGGCGUGGGUCAGGAUGGAAUUGGCCCAAUGUGUCUGAGCGACAUGUGGGUCAGAUACAGCAGCUUCCCCCGGGGCCGUUCUCUUCCUCAUGGGGUGAUCUCCUAGGCCGCAAGCCAACCUACAUCAAAGCCAAUGGAAAGAUUCUAGUCGGCUUUGGUAGGCAGUGGAUCACGCCCCCGGAGAACAGGUGGCCGGGUCAGCAUGGCUCUUGAUUGACAGCUGUGUGUGUCUCUAGGUGAGUGGGGUAUAAGGUGCUGAAUUUGAGGGUGGAGAUUUGGGGAGAUGCAGAAUUUCUUGCGCAGGUGGGAUAGACAGACAGUUCCUCAGCCGGCAUAAUGGAGCGAUUGUCCUGCACCCUGUCCCUACCUGUCGGAAAAUACCCAUAUGUCACAGCCCUACAUGCAGCUCUCCCAGUUAGCACCACCUUAGGAGCAGCUGAGCCCUGAGGCAUGCCUUGGAGUCAGUGGGGCCUAGCUACAUGCUUAAGUGCUUUGCUGAAUCCGUGACCUAAUCAACCCAAGACAGGGCAGCCUGCAGCAGCUCGAGUCCCACUCUGAGCCCUAGCUGCCAUGUGCCAGGACCACAUGGAACUAGCCCAGUAUCCUGUCUUCCAACAGUGGCAGAAACAGAACAGGGCAAUUACUGAGUGAUCCAUCCCCUGGUAUCCACUCCCAGCUUCUGGUAAUCAGAGGCUAGGGACACCCAGAGCAUGGGGUUGUGUCCAUGACCAUCCUGACUAAUAGCCCCUGAUGGAUCUAUCCUCCAUGAACUUAUCUAAUUCUUUUUUUAACCCAGUUGUACUUUUGCCCUUCACAACAUCCCCCGGCAAUGAGUUCCACAGGUUGACUGUGCGUUGUGUGAAGAAGUACUGCCUUGUGUUUGUUUAAAACCUGCUGCCUAUUAAUUUCAUUGAGUGACCCCUAAUUCUUGUGUUAUAUAAGAGGGAAAUAACACUUCCCUAUUCACUUUCUCCACACCUGUCAUGAUUUUAUAGACUUCUAUCAUAUCCCUCCUUAGUCGUUUCUUUUCUAAGAUGAACAGUCCUGGUCUUUUUAAUCUCUCCUCAUACGGAAGCUGUUUUAUAGUCCUAAUCAUUUUUGUUGUUCUUCUCUGUCUUUUUUCCAGUUCUAAUGUAUCUUUUUUGAGAUGGAGCCACCAGAACUGCAGCAGUAUUCAAAGUGUGGGCAUACCGUGGAUUUAUAUAGUGGCAUUAUGAUAUUUCCUCUUAUUAUCUAUCCCUUUUCUAAUGAUUCCUAUCAUGCUGUUCGCUUUUUUGACUGCUGCUGCACAUUGAGUGGAUGUUUUCAGAGAACUCUCCACAAUGACUCCCAAGAUCUCAUUCUUGAGUGAUAACAGCUAAUUUAGACCCCAUCAUUUUCUAUGUAUAAUUGGGAUUGUGUUUUACAAUGUGCAUUACUUUGCUUUCAUCAACAUUGAAUUUCAUCUGCCAUUUUGUGGCCCAGUCACCCAGUUUUGUGAGAUCCCUUUGUUGCUCUUCACAAUCUGCUUUGGACUUAACUAUCUUGAGUAAUUUUGUUUCAUCUGCAAAUUUUGCCACCUCACUGUAUACCCCUCUUUCCAGGUCAUUUAUGACUAUGUUGAACAAUACCUGUCCCAAUACAGAUCCUAGGGGGACCCUGCUAUUUAUCUCACUCCUUUGUGAAAAUUGACCAUUUAUUCCUAUUCUUUGUUUCUUUGUCACACCCAAUCCUGGAGGUCUCCAAAGAGCAAACUUCCAAGGGAAAUCCAGUGUGGGACCAUAACUGCUCGUUGGCCAUGGAAGGAGGAUGAUCGUUCCUGUCAUCUCCACCAUGCUUAAAAGGACCUUGAUUUGUCCCCUGGUAAUUCAUACCAGCCCUUAUAUAUGGUGAACAUUCAUGAAUAUUUUGUGCCCUCUGUCUGUGCUUUGAGUCACUUUAGCUGCAGCAUCUGGCACCAACAUGGUCCCAGAUUCCGCAUCCCUAUUGAGUGUUCACCACUUAGGAGCAAUGCACCCCCAGUAAUAACUCUAACCCAAUGGCUUCUCCUUUUGAAAGCCUCAUCACUGUCAUCUCAGUCCAUGUGACUGGCAGGGUGCAAGAGAUCGUGCAUUGGUCUGUCUGUUUUCCCACUGGAGGCGUCAUCAUGAUCUUAAACUGCUAGGCCACAUUAGUUCACAUUUCAAAUGAAUAUUAGAAGGAAACAGGCCGGGGUCUCAGACGCGGUGAGGAUUCGGUUGGAAGGGAAUUGGUUGGCAUGACAGGACUUUGGAUGCUCAGUAGGGCUUGGGCGUAACAGACCUGACUGGGAGAUGAAAAAGAGAAUGAUCUCACAGUCACCUCCUCUCAUCGAAGCUUUCGCAAUCUCCUAGAUGCUCCGAGCAGACUCUUCCAGCAGUGAAGGGUGAAUCCUGCUCACUUGAUCCAUGUAAAAUCCCUGUUGGAAGUUUCACAGAAGGUGAGGUGGGCUUGGCCUUGAGAUGCAGUGACCUGGAUGCUUCCCUUAAAGACAACUAGGUCCUCGGUGAGAAUGGGUUUUGCUGAACUACUCUUAGAAUGGGCCUGUUAGAUCAGCUGCUGAGACUGGGUACAGUCUUAAAGCCGGCAAGUAGAUCUUAAAACCAGAAUGAAAAUCCCUCCCUCUUCAGCUGUUUGUAGAAGGUCUUGAGAGUCUGUCUAUUGACGUCAAGGGACUUUGGCUCAGUCUUCUGGGAGCAGCUGAGUACCCUUCGCUCCCAUGGAAAUAAAGAGUCCCUGUUCAGGAUUGGGCCCCAAGGUCACGUUCCAGGUUUCCCCCGGUGCGGUUGCCGGUGUCACACGCCGAGUACCGCCAUCCUGCCCUCUGGUUAAGGUGUUUGUGGUGAGAUUGAUGGCUGCAGGGAAGAACCGAAGUUUGAGCUGGGAUAGAGCAUGUGAGCAAAGGGAGGGGCCAGUUGAAAUGAGCUGAUUGAAAUGUUUUUGCAGGGGGUCAGAGGGAUUGGGACGUUUGGGGCAAUUUCCCCCCUCUUUUCAACCAGCUCUGUCUUCAAAUAAAUUCUUAUCUUUCAAGGCCAAAAGGGUCCAUGGGGGUCAGAGUCUGCGUUCCUGCCCAGCGCACCAAUGUCCCGCAGGGUGAAACUGUAGGAAUUGUUCAGUCUCUCAGUGCAGGGUUCUGCUGCUAUCGGAUCUCCAACCAUUCCAGGAAUGUAUGUGCCAUAUGUGUUUUCCAGCCCACCUUCAGCUUCAGUUAAGCCUAGAAAAGUGUCUAAUGAUCCUAACCGAAGGAUUCAUUCUGCUGGCUAGAGGUGAACUGACAAGCAAAACCAAAGGCGUGUUCGCUCACUCCUGCCUGCUCCUUGGUGACCCAACUGUGUCUGGAAAAGGUGCAGGGAGGCAUUUCUCCUGGUUCUUUUCCAUUUGACAUCUCAGCUCCUCCCAGCCCUCGCAUGGCUGGAGGACCUUGGCAAGGUCUUUGGCCGGCCGGAGUGGCGAUGUCAUGCGGCACUGCGGGGCUCCCUUCCCACCACUGAGAGGAUGCUGUUUCUUAGAUCUGUCCAAAAAUCACUUCUCCUCCCCUCCCCCAUCAGCUCAGUUGCAGGCUCAGGGACCCGCCUCGAAGCGUGUAAAAUCCGUGAGUGACUGUGAGGCUUUCCCAAAGCGAUGUGGGCCUGUCAAUACCUACAGGACAUAGAGAGGCCUGCAGCUCAGAUCCCAUCGUCCUGUGAAAGACGCUGUAAAUAUUUUCUUUGCCUUUUGCCCUUAAAGCAAAGUCCCUCCCAUUUGUAAACACUAGGGGACGCCGCUUGCACACAGCGGUGCAGACCACUGCUGCUCCCCCUGGCAGAGAGGUAGAAAGGAGCUCCAUUCAUCAAUGGCCGCGAGUGAGGCCAGGCUCCCAGACCGUGCCGUCUCCCGGCGCAGUCUAGAGACGCAAUGGUGGCAGAGUUGCGUGUGAUCCAUCAAAGGGCCAAUCCCUGCUACCCAGGGGUGCUGGAACUGGGGGUGCGGCACCACCCCCCACUUGAAGCGGUUUCCAUCAUAUUCAGGGUUUACAGUUUUGUUCAAUGGCUCUCGGCACCCCCACUCCACAAACUGCUCAAACAUCACUGCUGAUACCACCCAUAUGCCAGGCGGGUGCGGUUGGCUCCUCCAGCCAGGCCCUGGGUCUUUCUUUUGAGGAGUAUGCUGCUGCUACUCCAUAGAGAACUAAGGGACUGGCAUUUGCACCUGAGAUGCACCCGAGGAGAGGACAGGCAAAGCAAGGCACAGUCUCCCAUGCUCACUCCCCUCCCUGUUUGACUCUGUUCUCUUGGCUUUAUUUCUCUGUUUGGUGAGAGAUCCCGCUGAGACGUACUGUAAAUAUUGGUAUAUAUUGCCGCCUCUGUACAUAGUGUUCUCAAGUCUUUGAUUGUUGAUAUGAAUUUAAUGGCAUAUUUUUAUAUACUUGUUUAAGUUUCACAGGCACAGCAAGGGGUGCCGACCACAUUUAAGUUAUAACUACUACAGUGCAUUAAAGACCAGAACAAAACAAAAAGCUUUUACUCCUGAAGUAUUACCAGUCCCGUGAGGUGUUACGACGAUCACAUUAUGCCUGGGUUUGUUUGUUUUUUAUUUUGUCACCGUGGGUUCUUUGUCAUUAAAGGUCACUGAUGUCAGA